AUGGAAAAAAGCGGUGAACAUCAGCACCCUCCAUCACCACCUCAGUACCCAUAUGUCCCAUCUGCCGCGGAGUCAGUAAAUACGGUCACCAUAGAUCACGAUUUCAAUCAAAAGGCUGGCCACAAUGAGACUUAUGGCGAAGCGAGCGCGGAUACCGUUAAUGUUGAAGCUGCCAUUGAGGAGUAUCAUGAGAUGAAGAAAGAGUUGUCGCGAAUUAGCCGUCACUCCGUCGCUGAUUUUGACAAGGCUGGUGAAGAAGGUCGGGUGUCAGAAGAGGCGUUUGACCUAGAUCAGUUCCUGCAAGGAUUAUCCUAUGAAGAUAAGCAAGCUGGAAAGAAGCCGAAGCAUCUGGGCCUAGUAUUUAAAAACCUUGAAGUUGAGGGCGUUGGUGCCGAUGCACAUACGAUCCCAACUGUGAUUACAGGCCUUCUGAGUCUUUUACAACCCUGGAAAUAUUUUGGAUUUGGUACGGGCGGUAGCACCAAAACAAUCCUCCACCCAGUGUCUGGAUAUGUAAAAGAAGGCGAAAUGCUUCUUGUCCUUGGCCGUCCUGGUGCUGGAUGCACCACAUUGCUCCGUGUCUUGGCCAAUAUGCGCGCUUCGUAUACUAAGGUCGAUGGCGAUGUUAGUUAUGGCGGCAUUGAUCCCGUCACAUUUUCAAAACAUUAUCGAGGUCAAGUUGUUUACAUGGAAGAAGAAGAUAUUCACUAUCCAACGCUCACAACCAAGGAAACUCUUGAAUUUGCUCUGCGAACCAAAACGCCUGGUAAUCGAUUGCCUGACGAAACCAAGAGAGUGUUCAGUAAGAAGCUCAUCUAUAUGCUGGGUAACAUGCUUGGCUUGACCAAGAAAAUGGAUACCAUGGUCGGCAAUGCCUCCGUCCGUGGUCUUUCCGGAGGCGAGCGUAAACGUCUAUCUAUCGCUGAGGCCAUGACGACUCAGAGUUCAAUCAACAUUUGGGACUGUGCCACGCGUGGUCUUGACGCAGCUUCAGCGCUUGACUAUGUUCGAUCUCUGCGUGUCAUGACCGACGUCCUCCACAAAACGACCGUCUCGACUCUUUACCAAGCUUCCAACAGCAUUUUUGCGCUUUACGACAAGGUCAUGUUGCUCGAUAACGGCUACUGCAUCUAUUUUGGUCCUGUCAAAGAAGCCCGUCCUUACUUUGAAGAACUCGGAUUCUAUUGUCCACCACGCAAGAGCACUCCUGACUUCUUGACUGGAAUUUGCAACCCACUCGAACGCGAGGUUAAACCAGGAUAUAAUACUCCAGAAACACCACUGGAUAUGCAGCAGCGCUAUUUGGAGUCAACCAUAUACAAACGCAUGAUGGUCGAACUUGACGAUUACGCGCAGAAGAUUACCAACGAAAAGCCCGCUGAUUUGUUCAAGGAAGCUGUAGCACAGGAACAUUCAAGAUAUGCGCCAAAGAGUCACCCGUACACUGUGUCUUUCUAUCAACAAGUCAACGCCUUGACCAUUCGCCAAUACCAGCUCUUGUCUAAGAGUUACGAGGCGCUUAUCUCUCGUUACGGAACAGUCCUAAUCCUUGGUUUUGUCAUUGGCUCCUGCUUUUACAAAAGUCCACUAACCGGUGCUGGUGCAAUCUCUCGUGCUGGUGCCGUUUGUUUCACCGUGGUCUGCAAUUCCUUUGUGUCGCAUUCAGAAUUAGUCAAUUUUAUGACGGGUCGCCCCAUUUUGGAAAAGCACAAGCAUUUUGCAAUGUACCGGCCGUCAGCCUAUUACCUCUCCCAAGUCGUAGUUGACGUACCUCUCACUGUUGCUCAGGUUCUUAUUUACCAGUUGAGCUCAUACUUUUUGAUGGGUCUCUAUUCUGAUGCCGGUCGAUUCUUUGCAUUCUUUAUUAUUAUGGUCUGGAUCACCUUUGCCAUGAUUGGUUUCUUUCGCUUUUUCGGUAUCAUUACAAACAGCUUUGUUAUUGCAAACCAAGCAAGUUGUCUUGCAUUUAUCGUAUUUUUCUUGUAUCUUGGUUACUUUAUCACCUACGAUGCAAUGCAUCCAUGGUUUUUCUGGCUACACUGGCUCGAUCCAUUGGCAUAUGGGUUCAAGGCACUACUUAUCAAUGAAAUGCACGGACAAGUCUACUCAUGUGAAGGUCCGGGCAACUCUAUUCCGUUUGGUACCGGCUAUGAAGACUGGUCACAUAAAAUCUGUACCAUGAAAGGCGGAAACCCAGGCGAAAACUUUGUGCUUGGUGACGAUUAUUUACGCGAAGCACUCGGAUUUGAACCCACAUGGCUCUGGGCACCCAACUUUGUCAUGCUUAUCGCAAUUUUCUUGUUCUUCACAGCACUCAAUAUGCUGUUGGUGGAAUAUGUUCAAGUCGGUGGCAGUGGCUCCUUGACGAAACUGUACUUGCCUGGAAAAGCUCCCAAGAUCCGUACCGAUGAAGAAGAGCGAGAGCGACUCGAGCGCCAGCAGAAGAUCACUGAAAAAAUGGAUACCAUCUCGACGGGCACAACCUUUUCUUGGCAUCAUGUCAACUAUUCGGUCCCUUUCAAGGGCGGUCCAUUACAGCUUCUCAAUGACGUUUCCGGUAUCGUUAAGCCUGGUCAUCUGACUGCGUUGAUGGGAUCCUCAGGUGCCGGUAAAACCACGCUUUUGGACGUACUCGCUCGCCGCAAGACGAUUGGCAAGGUCGAAGGUCGCAUCUAUCUGAACAAUGAGGCUCUCAUGAAAGACUUUGAGCGUAUCACUGGCUACUGUGAGCAGAUGGACAUUCAUCAGCCUGCAGUCACUGUCCGCGAAGGCAUGCGAUUCUCUGCUUACCUCCGUCAAGAUCCAAAAGUGCCCCAAAGCGAAAAGGAUGCCUAUGUCGAACAGAUUAUUAACUUACUUGAGAUGGAAGAUAUUGCCGAUGCUCAGAUUGGUGAAAUUGAAAAUGGCUUUGGUAUCUCCAUUGAGGAGCGCAAACGAUUAACAAUUGCCAUGGAACUUGUCGCCAAACCACAGUUGAUUUUCUUGGAUGAACCUACCUCCGGAUUGGAUGCCCAGAGCUCAUACAACAUUGUUCGAUUCUUGCGCAAGCUUGCUGAUGCCGGCUGGCCUGUCUUGUGCACAAUCCAUCAACCUUCUGCUAUCCUGUUUGAACAUUUUGAUCAUUUGCUCUUGCUCGUACGUGGUGGUCGCACUGCCUAUUAUGGUGAAAUUGGCCAUGGUGCAAAGACCAUGAUCGAUUACUUUGAAUCCAACGGCGGUCCCAAGUGUGCACCUGAGGCCAAUCCAGCUGAAUACAUCCUCGAGGUCGUCGGUGCAGGUACUGCUGCUGCUGUCAAUAAUACGUCAACUCAAAAUUGGGCUGAUGUAUGGAUGAGCUCAAAGGAGGCAAAGGCCCUCGAGGACGAACUGGAAACCAUCCACAACACCGCCAACAUGAACCCUUCGCGCAAAGCUCUCACCUAUGCCGCCCCGUUCUGGACUCAGCUUUAUUUGGUGCAUAAGCGUCUUAGUUUGGUGUACUGGCGUUCCUCCGGUUACAAUCUGGGUCGGUUCAUCACUGUCGUUUCCAUCUCGUUGUUUCUUGGUUUUACCUUUUGGAAGUUGACGCUGACAUCGCUGGAUAUGCAGAGUCGCUUAUUCCUUUUGUUUGCCACAAUGAUAUUGGGAUACAUGAUGAUCAUCCUCGCACAGCCGAAGUUUAUGCAAGAAAGAGUCUUUUUUAGAAGCGAGUACGCGUCUCGUUUUUAUGGCUGGAUGCCCUUUACAAUCUCCACCAUCCUUGUGGAGAUCCCUUACAUUCUUUUCCUCUGUGCCUUGUACAUGUUUGGUAUUUACUGGACAGCCGGCUUUGUCAACACCUCAGAGGCUUGUGGCUAUUUCUACAUUAUGCUGGUCUUCUUCAUCUUCUGGGCGGUAUCCAUCGGCUUUGUUCUUGGUGGUCUCACUGAGAACCCAUACAUUGCUGCAAUUCUUGAUCCACUGGUUAUUACGACCGUAAUUAUUUUUGCUGGCAUGGCUCAAACGGAAUCUUCACUGCCCCGUUUUUGGAGCGCUUGGAUGUAUUGGCUUGAUCCAUUUCACUAUGUCAUGGAAGGGUUUGCGGUGAACGAAUUAAAGAACCUGCCGGUUGUGUGCAAUAACGGCGACUUAUUCAAGUUUGCACCUCCCCCUAACCAAACGUGUGGCGAAUACAUGGCAGAUUUCUUUGCCAACGGCGGCUCCGGUUAUAUCACUAAUUCAAACAGCACGACACAAUGUGAAUACUGUACUUAUACUACAGCCGAAGAAUACUACAGUGGCACUUUUGGCUGGGAUGCAGCCAACAAAUGGCGCAAUUUUGGUAUUAUUGCCGCAUUUACUGGCUUUAACCUUCUGGUAUUUUCUGUUCUCGUCUACUACAAACGAAAGGCCAGACGUUAAAACCAUAUCUUUUGUCAUCUAUUAUCAUGUACCGCUUAUUACAGCUUAUCCUUUUCACAUCUAAUACCGCACUAUCUAAAAUGACCCCUUCAUGUUCCCUAAUCAUCAAUAUCUGUAUAUAUCGUUUGUUGAG